AUGAACGAGUCAAGCCAGCUGGUGAUGAUCACAACUCAGAUGAUGGUGAUGAGGAUGAGGACGAUGAUUUUGAGCUCAUCCGAGUUAUCACCGCCUGGGAUGAUGAAGAUGGAGAAUGCAAAGGACGAGAGCGGGUUUGUGGACUCGCUUGAGAAGCUUUUGAAGCAGUGUCAAGGAACAGGAGCGCAUAUCGACGAGCUUGGAGCUUGCGUUUAUCCGCCGCAGGAGAUUAGUAAGAUGAAGCAAGCGGUGGAGGUAAUAGAGGGGAAUGUUGAUGAGUUCGAGGCUGAAGUUGAGCGUUUGCAGAGUUCUUCAGACGCGUUUUCGGGAGCUUGUGGGAAGCUGCGAAGGUCGAUCAAACACAUGGAGACUGAGUUGGAUAAAAGAUGUGAAGAUGAAGUCGUUGUUGAAAUGCAGAAUGUUACUCUUGGAAGUUAUAAAAGUUUGGAUUUUUUUGCAAUAUUUCUUUGA